GCCAUCCAGCCUCGCGUCUUCUUUGCUGAUCCAUCUCUGGGCCGUCACUUUGACCCGGAGGACUCGAACUGCGACCGCGAGGCGACAGCCAAGCAAGAAAUGGACACUGGCUCGAACCAGGAGUCGGUGUCGAUGUUGACUACGGUUGCCAGACGCGAAGUGACCGGCGAUGAUGCCUCUCCUAGUCUGAGGCUCGCAAGCGUGUCGCCAAUGCCUCGUAGACGGUCGAUGAAGACAUCUUCCGCUGGUACUGAAGAGGCAAGAUUGCCCGUAGAAGAAGGAGCUCAUUCGGUGUUCACUAUACCAAAGGUAUCCGAAAGGAUCUCUAAAGCUGCCCAACCCUUUGGCCGUCGCGAUGGAGAGGUAAGCUGA